GACUGCUUGGCAGAAGUGUUUGCCCACUGUCGCUUCCGGGUCAAGGUGCAAGCUGCUGGUAGCUAGGUGGCUGCCUGGCCCACUUCUGCAUGAAUUUCCGAUGGGGUGAGGGGGGGCAUGUCAGAGAGAGUGGCGAAAAGGCGCAGAGCCUCUCUGAACCAAACCUGAUGCUGGUACAGAAGAGACAGAUACACGGCAAAGGAAACUCAUUAAACAGGUCAGCUUCUCUGGGGCACCCUAGUCAUUCACUGUAUUAAAGAAACCUGCUCUAGUGUUUGUAUGAGAAAGAGAUCAUCCUCAUCACUGAGAUCUCGUCUCUCUCUCGGCUGCAGGACCAGGUGCCUGAAUUCUUCCUCUGAUCUUUAAGAAUUCUGCUUUUGAGUGAUUUCCACAAGCCACUUAUAAAUUUGUUUAUAAUGAAGGGUUUAUUAUGUUGACUGUGGAGUCGUAUUUUAGGAGCCAAAACUGGUGUUUUCCUGUAGCCGACCUGCUGAUUAAUAGAUGUCACGCAGAUGCAUAUUUACUGCCAGCCAUAUUAAAUAGCAGUUUGUUUAUUUGAUUAUCUUGACGCAUUUCUGAGUUCUUGUUUACUCAAAUUAAAAGUGAAACUACUCUGCUGCAGCCACUAACCCCUGUCCUUUUUAGUUGAAUAUGAUCCGGUUUAUUUUUUCAUACGGAAGCAAUGUUAGUUUUUUUUUAAUAACCGAGUGUUAAAAAUGUCUCACCAGUUCCUGUAAGUUAAAGUGCCAAACAUGACUGAGUAGGGAGGCAGGUAAAGCUGUUGGCUGCUUUUCAUUAGUGUUAACAAAUGCCCUACCUUCCUUCUGGCAGGGCAGGUAGUGGCCUGCUGUCUGCGUCGAAGGGCUCAGCUCCAGGUUGUUCACACUGUAAAUUGGUCUUCUACCAUGAAUACUUUCUGUUAGAAGAUCCACAAGGAAAGAGACCUCACAGAAUACAUUUGACUGUUUCGUAGAGUGGUAAAAGUUGAUAUGAUAGCGAAAGUCUCAGCCCGUUACUGAAAGUUCUCCGUCCCGCUCUGUGAGAUUUACAAGGCAAAUGUUUGCCCGUCAGUGGAAACAGUUUGAUUAAAGACACAAGCCUUCGCCCCGCAGGUCUGUGCACCCAGCCGCCAUGUUCUGGAAGUUCGACCUGCAUAGUACGUCCAACGUGGACAAGCUGCUGGACAAGGACGACGUGACGCUGCAGGAGCUGAUGGACGAGGAUGAUGUCCUGCAGGAGUGCAAGGCCCAGAACCGCCAGCUGCUGACCUUCCUCAGCCAGGAUGCGUGCAUGCAGGAGAUGGUGGCGCUAAUCACGCGGGAACCCCCCCUGGACCUGGAGGAGAAGCUGCGCUUCAGGUACCCGAAUGUGGCCUGCGAGCUGCUGACGUCGGAUGUGAGCUCCAUCAAUGACAAGCUGGGGGGGGACGAAUCCCUCUUGGAGAAGCUGUACGGCUUCCUGGAACAGGAGCCUCCCCUUAACCCCCUGCUGGCCAGCUUCUUCAGCAAGACCAUCGGAAACCUCAUCGCCCGCAAGACCGAGCAGGUCAUUGCCUUCCUGAGGAAGAAGGAGGGUUUCGUCAGUCUGUUGCUGAAGCACAUAGACACCUCCGCUAUGAUGGACCUGCUGCUUCGCCUCGUCAGCUGUGUGGAGCCUGCCACCUUGAGGCUGGAGGUCCUUAGUUGGCUGAACGGCGAAAAUCUAAUCGAGCGCCUGGUGGAGUUAGUCUGCAGCGAGGAGGAUGAGGAGAGGCAGUCCAAUGCCUCGCAGACCCUGUGUGACAUCUUGCGUCUGAGUCGGGACCAGAGUGCACCGCUGCCAGAGCCUGCGCAGACAGAGCCUGCGCAGACGGACCCACUGCUCACCGUGCUCGAGGCGCAGCAGACUGUGGAGAAGCUCCUGCAGAACAUGUUUUCAGGAGAGCGCAGCGAGGCGUGCAUCGUCAACGGGACCCAAGUGCUCCUUACGUUACUCGAAACCCGGCGGCCGGGGAUCGAAGGCCUGAUGGAUCUGUGCUCUCAGGGAUACGAACGAUCUCACACUGUCAAUAGUAGUGUGUUACAGGGCAUCGAGCCUCAUCUGAAGGAAUUCCAUCAGGUUCUCCUGGACCCUCCCAAGAAAUGCGCCAUGCUGACAAGCCUGGGCGUGCUGGAGGAGCCCCUGGGCAACGCGAGACUCCAUGUUGCCCGCCUGGUGGCAGCGCUGCUUCAGAGCUGCACGCCUGGCGUGGCAGGGGAGCUGUGCCGUCUCAACACCAUGGACCUGCUACUUGAUUUGUUUUUUAAAUACACCUGGAAUAAUUUCUUGCACUUCCAAGUGGAGCUGUGUGUGGCAGCCAUCAUGAACCAGCCCAGCCAGGAGGAGAACGCUGGGAGGAGUCUGGGAAGCAAGGAGCCCCCGGAGGCCUUGGACAGCAGCACGCACCAGCCCGACACCCCCCAGCCCCAUGUGCUGGUGAUGCAUCUGUUCCAGACCUGCCGCCUGGUGCAGAGGAUCCUCGAUGCCUGGGAAGAGAACGACAAAAUACAGGCAGAUGGUGGCAUGAGGCGGGGCUACAUGGGCCACCUGACCAGAAUAGCCAAUAGUGUGGUGCAGAACACCGAGAAAGGUCCCGCCCAGGUACAGAUCAGCGACAUCAUCAAAGAUCUGCCCGAGGACUGCAGGGGACGCUGGGAGAGAUUCGUGGACGAGGCUUUGGCGGAGACCAACAGGAGAAACACGGCGGAUCUGGUGAGCACACAUAACCUGCACUCCUCCAGCGAGGACGACGACCUGGAGGGCCCCUUCCCCAACGAGCUGUCGCUGCAGCAGGCCUUUUCGGACUACCAGAUACAGCAGAUGACGGCCAACUUUGUGGAUCAGUUCGGCUUCAACGAUGAGGAAUUCGCUGAGCAUGAUGACAGUAUCAAUGCAGCGUUUGACAGGAUCGCGGAGAUUAACUUCAGCUUAGAUGUGGACGAUGACACUGCCAACGUCACCAUGUUUGAGGCUUGCUGCAAGGAGCGGAUACGGCCAUUUGAUGACGCCGAGGACGAGGACGAGGACGAAGACAUCUGGGAGGAGGGGCAGGUGGACUAUGCAGCACAGGUCAAGAAGAGAAGCAGGUUUGGGGUUUCCCACAUCACUAAGGGUGACGUUGCGAAUGGGGAAGAGGGCAAGGAGUCCGAAUCAGGGGGUGCCCAAGCCGAAAAUCAGAAGAACAAGAUCCACGGGCAGGACUCGGAGAUGAACCCAGAAACAGGCCCGGGAUGGACAGCCAGCUUCGAGGACCUCCUCACUUCGAAGGCGCCGCUCUGCCGGGCAGCAGCAGACAUGGAAUUAGGCACAUGGGAGGCAGCUAGCCCCCAGCGAGGCGCUGACGACAAAGGCUGGGCCAAGUUCACGGACUUUCGGUCCUUCCAGCACUCAGAGUGCCAGACCCCUGCAGAAGGAAGCCCGAAGCACGAUGUAGAUACCAGCCGGGCACCCUGCACGUGGGCCAUCGGCUCCAACCUCAAGGCACCCUUAGUGGCCUCCGACAGCAGCUCCUCUGGGGGUUCUGACAGCGAGGAGGAUGAUGAGGAGGAAGAGGAUGAGGAGGCUGAGAAAAAGGCUGUCAGCGUCACGGAGACAAGCGUCAUGGAGGUGGUCACUGGGGGCACCGGCCCGGAGUCGGUUGCCGGGGGCGCCGACAAGGAGUCAGGCGUCGGCAAGAACACUGUCACCAUGGACGCCGGCGAUGAGACGGUCGCUGUGGGCACCGCCAAUGAAUCGGGCACUGGGAAGAAGACAGUCACUGGAGGCACCAGCAAGGAGACAGUCACCGGGGCCGCUGUCGUCAAUGAAUCGGGCACUAAGAAGAAGAUGGUCACUGGGCGUGCCGGCAAGGAGACAGUCGCCGGGGGCGCCGGCAAGGAGACGGUCGCCGGGGGCGCCGGCAAGGAGACGGUCGCCGGGGGCGCCGGCAAGGAGACGGUCGCCGGGGGCGCCGGCAAGGAAUCAGGCACUAAGAAGAAGAUGGUCACUGGGCGUGCCGGCAAGGAGACGGUCGCCGGGGGCGCCGGCAAGGAGACGGUCGCCGAGGGCGCCGGCAAGGAGACGGUCGCCGAGGGCGCCGGCAAGGAGACGGUCGCCGGGGGCGCCGGCAAGGAGACGGUCUCCGGCAAGGACACCAAGAAAGAGAAGCCCGUGUUCAUCAGCACUGAAGUCUCCUCCAUCCCCUUUGAUAAGCUGACUAUUGCUGACGGACCCCCUGAGCCCAUGGCGAACCCUGAAAAGACAGCUCCCACUGGCAUCCAAUGGGACGGCACCGUGACUGACCUCACUGUGACGGACAGGAGAGAGGAGGUGCCACCAUCGGCAGAAGCUGCUGUCAACGGGCCAGCUUGAUGGGGCUGAACCAGGACUCGGACAGGCCACGCCCAUUCCUGUGAUGCAACUUUUUUUAAUUUAUUUUUUUAAAUUUUCAUUAUUUUUUUUCCCACUGAUAAAUGCUGCGGUUUGUUACAGGAAGUGGCCAAUCAGAAUCUGACCUGGGGGGACUGGGGGUGGGGCAGGGCUUAGUUAGGGGAAAAGAUACAGAAAAUCCACACACGGUGCCCUUUAGAUGUAGCAGUGACUCGUCCUCCGUUUCCUGGGAGACGAGGCCCUGACUGUCUCGGCGCACACAACCGCCCUCCCACCUGUGACAGUAUUGCUCACGAGACCUGGGCCGCCAGGCCAAAGUGACCUCAUGGUCACCCCCUGGUGGUGGUGGGAUUUAAGGCACUCUGACUCUGUGGCAACUGACUGUGGUUCUUUGUCAAGACGCAAGUCUGAUCUUUUCCCUGCUGGAACAGCAGCACAUUUCCAGAAUUCGGUGAGAGGGCAACCCAGAAACGAGGCCCGGACCUGCCGAGCUGAGCCGAACCACUUGCUGUUUGUUGUGCCACGCUCGAGCUGUCCGACUCUUUCAUUUAUGGUGAGGUGAACUCGUCACAGUCUCCCCCAUGAGCAAUGAUGCCAUGUGGCUCUUAAAUGUUGAAAACGGCCCCGAUUGGCUGUCUGGAAUUGCGGUGGGCGGUCUCAGCUGGUGGUUCCGCAUCCUGGUUCGCUGAACUUAUGCAAACCCCUCCCCCCAUUACUGCAGCCAAUCGGAUGGCACGUCGCUUAUCCUUUGAGUUCUGACAUGCCGCCAACCAUCUUCCCUCUUUACAUCACAUAAUGAAAACAGGAAUUAUAUGUUUAAAUUUGUAAAGUCCAGUACCUAUACCAAAGCGGAGCAGUGUUUAAUAGUGGGUUCGUAAGUGGGAAAUAUUUCAAGACUCAUCUCCUGUAUAAACUAAAUUAUUGAAAAACUCUCUCUCUCUCUCUCUCUCUCUCUCUCUAUAUAUAUAUAUAUAUAUAUAUAUAUAUAUAUAUAUAUAUAUAUAUAUAUAUAUAUAUAUAUAUAUAUAUAUAAAUAAAAUAUGCAUACUGCUGUGCAUAUAUUUACAUAUGCAGUCGGCAGCCUGGUGAUUUAUUUUUUUUCUUAAGGGGGGGUGCUUUUUGAACUCCGUCGUUCGUGCUGUGUAAUUCUUGUACAGAUUCUGCAAUAUCCACUUGAGUGUUAAUGUCAUAAUCAAAAUACGUUAGUGAAAAAUGUUAACAAACCCUAUAAAAACAACUUUAUAUCCAUCCCAGUUCAGCAUAGUUGUCAUUUCAAGAUGGAGCCCACGUUAAUUCCGCGUUAACGUCCUACUUCAGCGUGGGGUGUAAAUCUCACCUGGCGAUAUUAUAUUUGGACCCCGUUGUCCACUUUGUCUGUCUGCCUCCUGAGGGACUGUCUGUUCGGUGUAUAAAUAAGGUCUGUAUUUAACAAACAUACUCCCCUAGCCCCCAUCUUAAUCAAGGCUCUAAGGUUUCUGGGAAUUGUAGUCUCCCGGCCUGACAUCCUUCAGAAAGCCCUUUACUAGGGUUUGGGUUUCCAGUGAACAGCCCUAAGAAUAUCCUUUCACGUCAUGGGGCAUUGAUGAGACCUUUUUGCUCUGUCCAUUUCUGCGAUUCCUUGACCUGUGAUGCAGCCUUUAUUUCUGUUUUCUUGUCUAAAGGGUUUGAGUUCUUGAAGGGUCUUUAUUUCUAACAAACAAACAUAUUCUAACAGAAUUUUAGCAAAAUGCAGUUUCUUGCCUGCCAUUUUAAAGUCCGAUAUCCAUUCAUACCUCAUACCAUGUACCCCCCCUCUAAAAACCCUUGAAACUCCAUUCUCCACCCCCUGUGACGAAGGUUCAAAUAAAAACCAAGAUCAGUUUUCUACCAAAGCUGCAAUCGUCCAUCGGCCAUGCCCCCCCCCCCACCUCCCACCCCAUCCACACACACACACACACACACACACACACACACUCUGCUCCCUAUUUUAAGGUCAGGGCUUCUUCGUCCUUCUUAAAUGUCGCCCAUGUGCUGGGGUAGCAUUUCAGAAUGAGCAAUACUUGAAGACGAAACACUAUUAUUAGCCCCUAAAAUGCCUCGCUUCGGAACUGAUGCAAAAAAACACGGCAGCUCUUUCUUAAGAGGAGCACAGGGAAAUCCAUCCCCCAGCAUUUAAAGGCCAAUGGGGGAUGUAGCAGCUGAGGACAGCCUUGUUAAGGUGGCCCUGUUGAAGUCUCAGGAAAGAGGGCAUCUCUGAGCAAGGUACUGAACCUUCCGUAAAAGCGGGAGCCUCAGUGGGGAUGGGGGCGGAGGGGGGUUUGAAAUCUGAAUGAGACAGAGUGGCAGCGACUGACCGCUCUACCGACACACCAAGAACCUCCCCAGCUCACCUCCUAACCCCAACCCUCCCCUCCACCCCGACACACUGUGGCCAUAGUCUGUAUCAUUCGAGACCUGGAGAUGUUUUUGGCUGUGGAUUUUCUUUGUAGUAAAAUGUAAACGUAAGAUAUAUAAAUAUAUAUAUAUAAAUACUAUAUUUUUUUGAUCAAAACCAAAUUUAUGCACAAAUUAUAUUUGCUAGUAGCAACGUGACAUUUCAAUCAAAUGCAAUAAUGUAUUUGUCGUUUAGGGUCAUCCAGCAUCGGUUUCUUGUCAGCGGUUUAUUUCUGCUUUGUUCAUCUCCUGAAGCGCGAUACCAUUUCCCAUAAUGCCCCUCUAAUGCCACCCAACCAGCAAGGGUGCGAAUGCAUCAGGGAGGCGUGUCUGCAUGCUUGUUUUCCCAUGUCCAGCGUCCUCCCCCACGUAUCGUUUCUGUCGCUCCCGAAACCUCGUAUGCCUUCAUAUAUCAAUACAAGUCCCUGAAGGUAUGGCCAAUGGGUGGAGUUUCCUGUAUCCCGCGUUUAUUUACCUAGUCGGCUCCUGGUUCGGUUUCGAAUCCUUUUUAUCGUGACUGAACCGGAGAAUUUAAAUCACGCCGACUGGUUUAUGGGUUUUGUUUUUCCCACAUAAAAAUAACAAUCCCGUAUGAAGUCACACAGUGGGCUGCAGACACUCUGAAUGUGAACCUGAUCUCUAAACCCGGCCACUUCAAAGCCUCCACGUAACAGCAGAGAAAAAAACAGAAAAACACCCCCUAUUGGUGAGAAUCUGAUGGGCGUUGAAGUCUCAGCCUGGAAUAUCCUUAGGGCUUAGAAAGUAGCUCAGCGCUAUUGGGACAGUGACAGAUGUUGGCAGCCUCUUCAUAUUACUGAAAGGAGGUGACAGUAAAGCCGUUUGGAUUCCCGAUUGGCCUGUUCCUUGGCCGGGGCGAAAUCGGAUCCUGAACAUUAUCCCUGUCGCCCUCAGCAUCCCACGUUUGAUGCCUUUUUUUCCCCCAGACAAGCAUGUUUGAGGAAUUAGGAAACAGAGGUGUUGGGCUUUGCCGCCCCCCCCCCCCCCCCAAGGCUCUGGUUCAGAGCAUGGAUAAACAAAAGUGGGCACAUUUCUGCUUGCCGAGGGGGUUGCAGAUACGCUUCUCGGCGCCGCAGAAAUCAUUGCGUCCUUUACUGACGGAUUCACUGACUCUGCGCGGUUCCCAUAGCAGCACCGUUAGCCGUUGCAUCCUUAAACCAAGUGGCCUGCGCUCUUUCUUUUCCCCUGACCGCAUGAGCCGCGGGUUAUUUAAAGAUCCGAGGCUGGAUGCCUUUCCCUGCGGCCUCCGCCCCGUGAGCCUUUACCCCACUGCCAGACCACAGAGGCGGCCCGCGAGAGAGAGGCUCCGCCUGUGGAUGCCCUGACCAAUCGGCUGUCAGCUCCCCUGUCGCUGUGUGGUCUCCGUUAGCUCCGGCCGGUAGUCGUCACGGUAACAAUCGUGCCCACGUGCUUUGGCGGUCCGGAGCCCACGCCUGGGUUCCUCUGAGUACUGAACUGUAUGUAUGUAGGUGAGAGGUACACAGAGGAAACACGAGAACGUGUACACUGCCUUCAGACACACACACACACACACACACACACACACAGAUACACACACACACGCGUGUGCCGUCUCACGUGAAGCCUUUUUGUAUUGUUAAAAACUGAUGCUGGCUGGUUUCUGUUUUUGUAUACAAUGCUGUACAUGUUAUUUGUUGUCAGACAGGCUGUAAAUUCAAAUAAAACACAUAAAUAAAUAUUUCAAACAGUAAA